AGACAUAUACUUCGUUCUCGCAUCUUCUUUGUCUUUCUUCGAUUCCAGAACUCUUCUUCAUCUCUUCUUUCUCUGGCUGCAUCGCCGGCUGUUGGCUCUCACCCUUCGUCGGUGCUCCGGUGUCUCCGUUCAUCCCCGUUGUAGUUUACUGAGGGGAUUUAAAUGGAUAGUGAACAAGAUGGUGGCAAAUAUGGUAUAGGCAUUGAAAAUUCAGUGCCUACAGAAAAAGAACAGGUUUUUUCAGAUUCCUUUACUGAGGAUUUUGCUGAUGAGUUCCGCUUGCCAAUUAGUCACAGGCCUACUGAAAAUCUUGAUAUGGAUAACCUUGAGCAAGUAUCUUUGGACACACAAAUUACAUCAUCUAAUAUAGGUUUUAGGCUUCUACAGAAAAUGGGAUGGAAGGGCAAAGGUCUGGGGAAGGAUGAGCAAGGCAUAGUUGAACCAAUAAGAGCUGGUAUCAGGGAUCCAAAACUUGGUGUUGGGAAACAAGAACAAGAUGACUUUUUUACUUCUGGAGAAAAUGUGCAACGAAGGAAGCUUGAGGUUGAACUUGAGGAGACCGAAGAGCACACAAAGAAACGUGAGGUUGUAGCAGAACGUGAGCAGAAAAUUCAAACUGAGGUGAAGGAAAUACAGAAGGUAUUCUUUUGUGCUCUCUGCAACAAGCAAUAUAAACUAGCAAUGGAGUUUGAAGUUCAUCUGAGUUCAUAUGAUCACAAUCAUAGAAAGAGGUUUAAAGAAAUGAAGGAAAUGCACGGUGGAAGUAGCCGUGAUGAUCGAUUGAAAAGGGAACAAUUACGUGAAGAGAAAGAAAUGGCAAAAUUUGCUCAACUUGCAGAUGCUCAUAAACAACGGCAGCAGCAGCAGCAAGAACAAUCUGGAGGCUCUCAAGAUGCUGGUUCAGUGUGCAAUACCUCUGCUGGUCUUGUAACUCAGAAUCAACGGCAAGCAUUGAAGUUUGGGUUUUCUUCUAGACUUGGUUCCACCAAGAAUUCAACCGGCAGUGCUGCAAAGAAACAAAAGGUUGCUGUAAAAGUAUCAUCCAUUUUCGGCAAUGACAGUGAUGAAGAAUCAUGAAUUAUUUCAUUGAUUGUCCUAAAUAUAAUUCAGAAAUCAGAUCACAAGAGUAUUACUCCAGAAUUGCUUUUUUGCCCCUUUUAAUUCUAUUUACCCUGGAAUUUCCCUGUAUACUUACAAACUGCCUUUCAUAGUGUUUGAUUAUCUAGUCUUAUGUAUCUUAAUUAAAUAGGAAGAAUCCAUGGAGACAUACACAAAACCUCUUGUGACUGAUGAACUUAUUGCGUCUUUUCAGUUGGAUUUUUUUCUUUGAAUACAGCAAAUACUCCAGAAAUAUAAAGUCUUCUUUUAUC